AUGUUUGUCUAUGGAGAUCGCAUGUCUGGGUUGGUUGCAAAGUCCAAGGAGACGUCUUUUGACUACAUCUCCACCCUAGACUCAGUGGAAAAUGGACCGGUCCACCAGGACCUGUACUCCACCCCACAGUAUGAAAUGGACCAAAUCAAUAACAUGACAGAGAAGGAUGAAGGAAUGUGUGGCGUCAGUCCAACCCUGCGAGAAGAGACUUCUGGGAUGGAGGGAGCGGAGGAGGAACAGGAGGAGGAGGAGGGCAGAGUGAAUGCUGUUGUAACCGUGUUCAGGUUCAUCAUGAAGCAGAGCUAUGUCUGUGCUCUCAUAGCCAUGAUGGCGUGGAGCAUCACGUAUGUUAGCUGGCUGACGUUUGUGUUCCUGAUGUGGUCGUGCAUGUUGUGGAUGGUGAGGGACCGUCGUCGUUACACCAUGCUAACCUCUCCCUUCAUGGUGCUCUACGGGAACCUGCUCAUUGUGCUGCAGUACAUCUGGAGCUUUGAGCUGCUGGAGCCCGUACCUGGACUCUUCCUCAAGAUGGACGUGCCCUUCAGGCAGCUGGGUUCCAAGAUCCUAUGCCUGUUGAGCUUUUGGCUGUUGCUGAUACAGACUCUGACAGAGAGACAGGAGGAGCAGAGAGAAGAGGCUGUUGUACUCACUGACGUACAUGUGGAUAACCAACCCAAGAAGAAGAAGGAGGAGGAUGAGGAAGGAGGGGAGCAGGACAUCAUGCAGGUUCUGGGGAACAUGGUGAUGGAGAUGCUGGUGAAAUACUGGAUCUAUAUCUGUGGAGGGAUGUUCUUCUUCGUUAGCUUCGAGGGACGCAUGGUCAUGUAUAAGAUCAUCUACAUGAUGCUCCUCCUCUUCUGUGUGGCGCUCUAUCAGGUGCACUAUGAGUACUGGAGGAGGAUCCUGAAGUACUUCUGGAUGUCUGUGGUGGUCUACACCAUGCUGGUCCUCGUCCUGGUCUACACCUUCCAGUUUGAGACUUCUCUACCCUUCUGGUCUAACAUGACUGGCAUGAGCAAAGAGAAACUGAAGGACCUGGGGUUAGAACAGUUCUCCGUAUCGAUGCUCUUCACACGUAUCUUCAUCCCCACCUCCUUCCUCCUGGUGUGUAUCCUUCACCUUCACUACUUCCACGACCACUUCCUGCUGCUCACGGACCUGAAGGAUGUGUCCCAAAAACAGGACAGCACCAUCUACAGAUUGGUACACCAGGAUGGAAGCCUGGCUGACAUCACCAUGCUCUAUUCUGGAGAAGGAGUGAUACGGGUGGAGGACGAGAAGGAGAGAAACCUGAUGAAGGAGAAGAAUGGAGGGAUGAAGCAGAAAGGAGGACUCUGUCAGUCUAUAGACCCGUGUCGGUCAUUCAACAAGUCUUUUGAGUCCAAAUCCAGUUCAGGGCCGGGGAAGAGUGGAGACUGUAGUGUGGGAACUGAGCCAGAGUCCUCCACAGAACACACUACCUCAGACCUAAAGAAUAAGUGGCCCCUGGUGGUGGACCGUCUGACUGUGCUCUUCCUCACAUUCCUGGAAUAUUUCCACAAGCUGCAGCUCUUCAUCUGGUGGCUCCUAGAGAUGCACAUCGUCAAGAUCGUCUCCUCGUGCAUCAUACUGGUCUCUGUCAAGGAGGUGUCCUUGUUCAACUACGUGUUCCUGGCGUGCUGGGCCUUCGCUCUACCCUUCAGUCAGUUCAGACCCCUGGCAUCCAGUAUCUGUACAGUGUGGACCUGUGUUAUCAUCGUCUUUAAGAUGUCGUACCAGCUGGAAUCUAUACAACCUGCCUCUUACUCCAAGAACUGCUCCAUGCCAAUGAACUCAGUCACAGAGAAACAGAGAGAAGAGAUGAAAGACUCUCUGCUCUAUAAGGAGCCAGUAGACCCUAUUCAUCUCCUCUCCUCGUCCUCGUCCUCUCCUCUCAUUUCCUUUCCUCUCCUCAUCCAGAACAACCUGCUGAUGUUGGCCAUGCUGGCGUUUGAGGUGACCAUCUACCGUCACCAGCAGUACUACAGGCUGAGGAACAAGCUCACCGCGCCCGCCGCUCGCAUCAUCUUCCAUGACAUCACGCGUCAACACCUCGACAACGGCAUCGUCAACUGUGCCAAGUACUUCAUCAACUACUUCUUCUACAAGUUUGGGCUGGAGAUAUGCUUCCUACUGGCGGUGAAUGUGAUUGGCCAGCGUAUGGACUUCUAUGCUGUGCUGCAUGCCUUCUCUCUGAUAGCCGUGAUGUACAGACGUAGGAGGAAAUCUAUAGCUGAGAUCUGGCCUAAAUACUGUUGUUUCCUGGCCUGUCUGCUAACCUGGCAGUACUUUGUCUGCAUCGGGAUACCACCUGCAGCCUGUGAAGACUACCCAUGGAGGUUCCCUAACUCUACAAUGGACUCCAACGUCAUCAAGUGGCUUUAUUUCCCUGACUUCCACACCAACCCCAACCCAAUCUUUCUCGUCUAUGACUUCAUGCUCCUCCUCUGCGCCUCACUCCAGAAGAGUAUAUUUGAAGAGGAAAACAAGGCAGCUGUCCGUCUCAUGGCCGGAGAUAACGUGGAGAUCUCUAGAGACCUAGACGCAGCCUCUUUCAGCGUCCACAACCCUGUCCCCGACUUUAUACAUUCCAGGUCCUACCUGGACAUGCUGAAGGUCAUCACGUUUAGCUACCUGUUCUGGUUCGUCCUCACCAUCAUCUUCAUCACCGGCACCACCCGUAUCAGUAUCUUCUGUUUGGGCUAUAUAGUGGGAUGUUUCUACUUCCUGCUGUUCGGUGGGGAGCUGCUGCUCAAACCAAUCAAAAAUAUCCUCCACUACUGGGACUUCCUGAUUGCCUAUAACGUGUUUGUGAUCACUAUGAAGAACAUCCUGUCUAUCCUGGCCUGUGGUUACAUCAAUGUCCUGGUGGUCAACAACUGUUGGCUGAUCCAGCUCCUCAGUCUGGCCUGCACCAUCAAGGAGUAUAAGGUUGUCACCAACAGAGACUUCACACCUGCGGAUGGUGGUAAGAAGUGUGAUCUGCCCAGCGACGAGGCUGGGAUCAUAUGGGACAGUAUCUGUUUUGCCUUCCUGCUGUUGCAGAGACGCGUCUUCAUGAGUUACUACUUCCUACAUGUGGUGGCUGACAUCAGGGCCUCACAGAUACUGGCCUUCAGAGGGGCUGAAUUGUUCCAGGCAACUAUCGUGAAGGCAGUCAGAGCCAGACUGGAGGAAGAGAAGCAGUCUAUGGAACAGCUGAAGAGACAGAUGGACCGUAUAAAGCAGCGCCAGGAGAAGUUUAAGAGAGGGAAGAAUAUGUUGAGCCAGGAGUCAGGAGACAGAGAGAACCCCAUCCAUCUACAGGGGUCAGGAGACAGAGAGAACCCCAUCCAUCUACAGGGGUCAGGAGACAGAGAGAACCCCAUCCAUCUACAGGGGUCAGGAGACAGAGAGAACCCCAUCCAUCUACAGGAGUCUGGAGACAGAGAGAACCCCAUCCAUCUACAGGGGUCAGGAGACAGAGAGAACCCCAUCCUUCCACAGGAGUCUGGAGACAGAGAGAACCCCAUCCUUCCACAGGAGUCUGGAGACAGAGAGAACCCCAUCCUUCCACAGGAGUCUGAAGACAGAGAGAACCCCAUCCUUCCACAGGAGUCUGGAGACAGAGAGAACCCCAUCCUUCCACAGGAGUCUGGAGACAGAGAGUACCCCAUCCUUCCACAGGAGCAGCAGGUGGUGAGAAGUGGAGAUUAUUACUUGUUUGAAACCGACAGUGAAGAAGAGGAGGAAGAGAUGGAGAGAAGAGAGGGUCUACUGCCUCCCAAGAAGUCGGCGUUUCAGCAAGCUAUUGGGAAGUUCGCCUCAGCCCUUAUAGCUCUGCCCAGAUCUAUCAUUAAACUUCCAAAAGCCAUCUUUCAGUAUGUAAUCAGGGCAGCCAAGUUUGUCUACCAUGUCUGGAUAACAGACUCUAAGACAGCCAUGAAGAAACAAAGCAAAGAGAAGCACAAGUUCUGGAAGAGGGACAUCAAGAGAGACAAACACAAAAAGGACAAGAUGGAUGGUCAUGUGACUAUAGAGUUUGGAGAGACAGAGGAGGAUCAGAAGGGAGGAGAGGAGAAGAAGUCUGAUGGACCAGACAACGUCUUGAAGCGAGUGUUCAACAUCAUCCAGUUCACCUGGGUGUUGUUCCAGACCACGGUGGAGAGCUUCACCAAGUGGAUGAACAACGUGUGUAGAGAACACAUAGACAUCUCCACCGUGCUGCGCAUUGAGAGAUGCAUGCUCACUAGAGAGGUCAAAAAGGGUAAUGUCCCAUCCAGAGACAGUAUCCAUGUGUACUACCAGAAGCAGAUGCGUAUAUACAUGUCGCAGGGCUCCAGUCUGGACCAGCUCAUUGAGGAGGACAGUGUGUCGUGGUCUCACAGGGUCCGUAGAAGGAGAGGCAGCUAUCGUAUGGAGAGCCAGGACUCCAUUGCGUCUAUGGCCUCCAGGGAUAGUAUAUCCAGUGCCUACACUGAGGCCACCAUGCUGUUCUCCCGCCAAGACACGCUGGACGAGCUGGACGGAAUGCCGCCAGACAUUCCUAUUCCCAAAACCAGCGAGCGUGUCCGGCCCAAACUCUGUAAGAUUUACGGCCUGGACGCUUCCAAGUCGACUGACAGCAGCAGUAGCCAAGUGUCCAGCGAGGCGACUCAGUGCAUCACUCUCUAUUCACGGCAAGGCACCAAUGACACCAUCGAGGAGGUGGAUGACGAACAGGACCAGGGGGAGGACAGGCAGAACGAACCCUUGGGACCCUCACAUCCGGAGACAGAGGAGGCUGAGGGAAGCCCCUGGGUAGAUGGUCCAACUUCGACCUUCCUGGCCCUUCGAUCAGGGUCCCAGGACUGUACCACUGACAGUGACGAUGGAGGUCUCCGGCAAGAGUACCGGAACACAGAGGAGCGGGACCGGGCGGGUCAGCUGGACACCUCGGAUGCUCCAAACACCUCGGACACUGACGUGCCUUCCAGUUACAACAAGGCGGUGAGCUUUGACCGACUGGAGGUGAGUGAGGAUGAGAGCGACAGGGACGAUAAGAGGAUGAUGGCGAUGACCCCAGACACCAGCCGGUCAGACUAUCUGGACGAUCCCCUGCUGCCCUCUCUGACCACUGAGCUGACCGCCAGCGAACUGCUGCUCAACAAGAUGUUCCAUGAUGAGGAGCUAGAGCAGUCAGAGCGGUUCUAUGUGGGCCAGCCCCUGGUGCUCCAGUUGGUCUAUGCCCUGUAUAACAUGCUGGUGGCCCACUCUGAGAUGGUGUGUUACCUAGUCAUCAUCCUCAACAACAUGCUGUCAGCCUCCUGCGUCACCCUGGUCCUCCCCAUCCUCAUCUUCCUCUGGGCCAUGCUGUCGGUACCUAGACCCAGUAAGAGGUUCUGGAUGACCGCCAUCGUUUAUACCGAGGUCGCCAUCGUCAUCAAGUACUUCUGCCAGUUUGGCUUCUUUCCCUUCAACCAGAACCCGAAGGUGAACGGGAAUAAACCCUACCACCCUCCAAACAUCAUCGGAGUGGAGAAGAAAGAUGGAUACGUCGUCUAUGACCUCAUACAGCUUCUGGCGCUCUUCUUCCACAGGUCCAUCCUGAAGUGUCAUGGUCUCUGGGACGAAGACGACCUUAAGGACACCAAGAAGGAGAUCCUUCGCCAGGACACUGAGUCGAAGGAAGACAAGAAGGAGAGGGACGCCACUCCCGUGCCGUUCUACUCCCGCGAGAGGAAGGGGUCGACACAGACCCUCAGGUCUAUAAAUCUGGGCGUGGGCACCUCCGUGGACUCCAUGCACUACCUCCAGCAACAGCAGCAGACCUACCAGAGAAGAAAGAGCUCCAGUGGAGGGUCUCAUAUCUCCCACCAGUCAGUCCACUCUGUACGCUCCAAGAGAGGCAGCACCAACUCCAGGAACAGUAGCCGUAGAGAUUGGAGUGAGGUGUCAGUGCAGCAGAAGACCAAGAAACAGCUGAUCAUGGAGAAACUCAAAGAACAGAUGAUCAAAGCCAAGACCUUCACUAUCAAGAGGACCAUGAAGGUGUACCUGCCCAUCCGUCAGUUCUUCUACAACCUGGUCCAUCCAGAGUACAGUGCUUUGACAGAUGUCUAUGUCCUCAUGUUCCUGGCCGACACCGUCGACUUCAUCAUCAUCGUCUUCGGUUUUUCUGCUUUUGGGAAACACUCAGCGGGAGCCGACUUCACGUCGUCUCUGUCGGAGGACCAGGUUCCCGGAGCCUUCCUGGUGAUGAUUCUGAUCCAGUUUGGGACCAUGGUGGUGGAUCGGGCCCUGUACCUCAAGAAGACAGUGCUGGGGAAGGUCAUCUUCCAGGUGAUCCUGGUGUUCGGGAUCCACUUCUGGAUGUUCUUCAUCCUCCCCGGACUCUCUGAUAGGCGUUUCAAUGAGAACACAGUAGCCAAGCUGUGGUACUUUAUCAAGUGUAUCUACUUUGGGCUGUCAGCCUAUCAGAUCCGCUGUGGCUACCCCACCAGGGUCCUGGGUAACUGCCUCACCAAGAGCUACAACUACACCAACCUCUUCAUGUUUCAAGGGUUCCGUAUGAUCCCGUUCCUGUCUGAGUUGCGUGCGGUGAUGGACUGGGUCUGGACCGACACCUCUCUGUCUUUAUCCUCUUGGAUCUGUGUGGAAGAUAUCUACGCUCACAUCUUCGUCCUCAAGUGCUGGAGGGAGUCAGAGAGGAGAUACCCCCAGCCGCGGGGCCAGGCGAAGAAGCCGGUGGUGAAGUAUGGGAUGGGAGGGAUGAUCGUCAUGCUUCUGAUCUGUAUCAUCUGGUUCCCUCUACUCUUCAUGUCUCUGAUCAAGUCUGUGGUGGGGGUGGUCAACAGACCACUGGAUGUCUCCUUCUCCAUCACCCUGGCCGGGUUCCAGCCGAUCUUCACUAUGAGUGCUCAGCAGAACCAGCUCAGAGAAGUCUCCAAACAUGACAUCCAUGGCACCUUCAUGAGCUCAUACCAGUCCUAUCCUGAAGCGAUGAGGUGGUUGGAGUAUUACAUGCCAGAGGAUCUGACCAUAGCUGAGUUGGAGGGAAGCUCUAACAGUCUGUGGACAAUCAGUCCUCCCAGUAGAACUAACAUCAUGGAGAUGCUCAGCUCCAAGGAGCAGUUCCCCAUCACUGUAGCUUGGUCUAUCCAACGGAACCUGACUCUGGGAGCGAAGGCUGAGUUUGCGACUGGGAAGAAAGUGACAUUUCUGGAUGAUGCAACCAAACUGGAGCUGAGCCUACUGCUCAACGGGACCAGACGAGACAGAGUGGUGAUAAAGCACGUCUUCCCGCGGUACCUCCGAGCCCCUAGUGACUCCGAGGCCAAGCCAAUAGAACAACUGUAUAAAGAGAAGGUGUACAUGAGCAUCACUUUGGCGUUGGAACGUUCCCAUAACGACUCAGCAGAGGUCCAGGAGUGGUGGAUCGUGAACCAGACAGAUCCGGGACAGAUCAGCGUUCGUAGGCCCAAGCACCUGUACGACGCUGGGCUGGAGCUCUAUGUCUUCAGUGACCAGGUCAGCCCUCCUAGUCUGGGUUUCCUGGCUGGAUACGGGAUCAUGGGUCUGUACGCCUCCGUGGUGCUAGUCAUCGGUAAGUUUGUCCGCGAGUUCUUCAGCGGUGUCUCCCACACCAUCAUGUUCGAGGAGCUGCCCAACGUGGACCGCAUCCUGAAGCUCUGCACCGACAUCUUCCUGGUCCGAGAGACGGGAGAGCUGGACCUGGAGGAAGACAUGUACGCUAAACUCAUCUUCCUCUAUCGCUCGCCUGAGACUAUUAUCAAAUGGACCAGGGACAAGACUCAGUGAGCCUGGUUGUAUAGGGUAGUUAUCCAUUAACGUGGAUAGAAGUUUAAUAGUGUUUCUCAACCACUGACUAGUCCGUGAAUACUUGACCAGUCUCUGGGACGUUGAUGUUACUGACUGACCUGAGAAAUAUUCUUAAGUGUUAUUGAUUUUUAUGUAAGAAAGGAAGGAAGGACCAAAGCUUGGUCCCUGUUGAGAAAACGGUUGAGAAGACGGUUGAGAAACACUGCCUUAGAACACAAUUGCUAAAAUAACAUGACCGAGGCGUCAGGAAACAAUGAAAAUUAGGACAAAGAACGGGGGUCUUCACUGAGAGGACAUAUGGGUGAGGUUAAAUAUUAUCUACAAAGCUCUGGUGGUAUGAGCUUCAAAUACUGGCCUGACUAUUCUACUUUAGACCAAUGAUGUGUCAAAUACUACAAAGUAACCCCCUGUCCCCUGUAUCGUCCCUCGUUGUCUUUUCCCCACAGCAGUGUGGAUGAUACAGGUCAGUGUUUUAAAAAGGGCUUCCCACCAAUGGAUGAUAACCAUGAAAAUGACCUUACACAGGAUUGGUCAGUUUAAAUUUCCAACCUUUUCCUGAUUGGAGCUCCUGGUUCAUGUGAUUGUGCAAUAUUAUAGAGUUCUUCGUCAUGUCCCCCGAGACGACCAUUUUGAAGGAUGUUUUCAUUGCUACAUACGAGAUGGCCAUUUUGAAAGAUGUCAUUGCUACAUACGAGACGGCCAUUUUGAAAGAUGUUGUCAUUGAUACAUACAAGACGGCCAUUUUGAAGGAUGUUGUCAUUGCUACAUACGAGACGGCCAUUUUGAAGGAUGUUGUCAUUGCUACAUACGAGACGGCCAUUUUGAAGGAUGUUGUCAUUGCUACAUAUGAGACGGCCAUUUUGAAGGAUGUUACGAGACGACCAAGAUUGCAGGCGACUACGCCAUCUUGUUAAUGUCUAAAACAGAGAGCUACUUCUAAAGACGCUAAUGACAAUCUAUACUUGCCUUAUUUAGUUUGUUUGUAUGAGAAACUAAACCUGUGUUAAUGAUUUCUCAGGAAAGGACAAGAGUUGUUGUUUCAUCAAGAAAGGUUUCACUUUUACUCAAUGUAAUGUUUAGAGUAUAGAUACUUUAAUAUGUUGUUUUGGUAGCUAAUUAACGGUUGAAUUGAUUUACCUACUUAAAGAUCAUAAAAAGAUGAGAAUAAUAUAAAAUAAUAUAAUAUAAAAACAAAACUGUGAUAGAUUCAAGAUUGAUGUUGUUCUAUUUCCUGUUGGGAGGGGGGAGACCACUCCAGACUGUCUGUAAGUAAUUGAGAAGAAGAACAUGUUCUUUAUCCAAAUUGAAACCCUCCAGUAUGUUUUUAUCAAGGCCCAUAUAAGGAUCUGGUCAAAAGUAGUUCACUGAAUAUUAACACAUCUUUUGACCAAUGGGUACAAUGAUAUGUUAAUUGUGUAGAUAGUCAGAUCUUCUCCUGAUUGAGUACUGGCACCUCUUAUAGAAUAUUGUCUUCAAAGUAUUGCAGAGUACCGGCACCUAUAUAUAAAGAGUACCGGGCACCUAAACAUGAGUACUUACAUGUAUUGCAAUCAACUUCAAUGGCUGAAUACAGGCUCUGUUCAGGAUACAGCUGCUAUUAAAUCAUGUUAUUAUACUGUUCUCUCUGGCUCCAAGGAGACAUUUAGAGAGGCUUCUCCUCAGACACCACACCCACACACAGUUGAUCUUCUACAGUUUGACUCAAGCACGAAGUAGUGGGUGUAUUUUGAAUCAAGAGUAUAUUCUGUAUCAUGAAGCUACUGAACUGUCUGGAGCGUUCUCGUGGACACUGUUGCUGGACUCAUCCAUUGUUCAACUUCGUCCACCGAUUUGUAGAACUCUCAUCUCAUGUACAGAAUGACAUCCGUAUGACUUCAAUAGGAAGUAGUACUUGAGUUUCAUCAACAUUCAAAAGAUAAGAAAUGGAGAAAACAGCCAUUCAUACAAAAACACAAACACACAUUGUUUUGUUUGGACCUUUGGUUCCGAGCUAUGCACCAGAGGACAUUGUUUUGUUUGGACCUUUGGUUCCGAGCUAUGCACCAGAGGACAUUGUUUUGUUUGGACCUUUGGUUCCGAGCUAUGCAUCAGAGGACAUUGUUUUGUUUGGACCUUUGGUUCUGAGCUAUGCAUCAGAGGACAUUGUUUUGUUUGGACCUUUGGUUCCGAGCUAUGCAUCAGAGGACAUUGUUUUGUUUGGACCUUUGGUUCCAAGCUAUGCAUCAGAGGACAUUGUUUUGUUUGGACCUUUGGUUCCGAGCUAUGCAUCAGAGGACAUUGUUUUGUU